AUGCCAGUACGUUCCUUGACAACGAAGCAGUACAAGCAGAAACAUAACAUCGAUGGGCUAGAGAACCUCAACAAAUUUCUCUCUAAAUUGCCACCUCCUGAUCCCACGCUUGACCAGGGAGAAGUCGUUGAUAUCCCUCUCCGAGACGGCACACCCUCGCAGAUUCGCAUCUUUCGCCCUAAAGUCGCAUCACAACAGCCUAGACCUCUAAUUGUGCUGAUAUAUGGCGGAGGGUUCAUCCUAGGUGACAACACUCAGCUGAGCUCAGUAUCUCGUGUCCUUGCAAACCUCUACUCUGCUGUAGCGGUCAAUAUUUCUUAUCGCCUAGCACCAACCCAUAAAUUUCCCACAGCUGCCCGAGAUGCUUACGAUAGCGUUCGAUGGCUCUCCCAAAAUGCCAGCACGCUCGGCGCCGACCUCUCCAAAGGCUUCGUUCUACUAGGCGCUUCUGCAGGUGCCAAUCUUGCAGCGGUCGUUGCUCAGAAGUGGUUUUCCAGUAAAUCAUCACCACCCAUUACUGGCCUUUCUCUCGCUAUACCAUGGCUGCUGUCCGGGGAGAUCGUGCCACAGGCCUACAAGCACCUCUGGUUCUCUAGGAAUCAGAACGAGAACGCUAUGAUUCUGAACAAGGGUACGAUAGAUUACAUGCUGGCUGCGUACGAGCCUGAUGUGCAUUCCGCGGACUUUUCGCCUUUUAAUCACCCUGCACCUCAUAGCGGUAUGCCACCAGUUUACAUCCAGGUGUGCGGUGCGGACCCGUUGAGGGACGACGGACUUAUCUACGAACAAGUACUACGAUAUUUUGGAGUGAAGACGAAGCUAGAUGUUUACCCCGGUGUUCCACAUGGUUUUAGCGUUUUUCGGGAGAUGGAGUUGGCGAAGAAGUCCUUCUCAGACCAGAUCUUGGCGAUUGGAUGGCUUCUGGGUGUGGAGAAGACUAGGGAAGACGUGGAGCGGUUGAAUUAG